GAGCGCUGAGUCCCGAGCGGCGGUGCGCGCGGGCAGGCGGCCGUCGGGGCGCCAGGGGAGCGCACGCGGCACCAUGCGCCCCAGCCUGCCGCCACUGCCGGGGCUGCUGCUGCUCGCCUGCGCCGCGCACGCGGUUGGUACCCCGCCUCGACUGUGUGAUGUGCUGCAGGUGCUGCGGGCGGAGAGGGACCAGUGCCUGCAGGAGCUCUCCCGGGAGAGCGUGGAGCAUCCAGCCCCAGGCUGCCAGGGGCUGUGGGACAACACCAGCUGCUGGCCAUCCUCUGCGCUGGGACAGACAGUGGAAGUGGCAUGCCCGCGGUUCCUCUGGAUGCUCGUGGGCAGGAAUGGUUCCAUGUUCCGGAACUGCACACAGGGCGGCUGGUCAGAAACCUUCCCCAGACCUGACCUGGCCUGCGGGGUCAACGUGAAUGACUCCUCCAAUGAGAAGCGGUAUCAGUACCUGCUGAAGCUGAAGGUCAUGUACACCGUGGGCUACAGCUCCUCCCUGGUGAUGCUCCUGGUUGCCCUCAGCGUCCUCUGUGCCUUUCGAAGGCUCCACUGCACCCGCAACUACAUCCACAUGCACCUGUUUGUGUCCUUCAUCCUGCGUGCCCUGUCCAACUUCAUCAAGGAUGCCGUGCUCUUCUCCGACGAUGCCACCCACUGCGAUGCCCACAGGGUGGGCUGCAAGCUGGUCAUGGUCUUCUUCCAGUACUGCAUCAUGGCCAACUACUCCUGGCUGCUGGUGGAAGGCCUCUAUCUUCACACGCUCCUUGUCAUCUCCUUCUUCUCAGAACGGAAGUGGCUCCAGGGAUUUGUGGCCCUUGGCUGGGGUUCCCCAGCCAUCUUUGUUGCUUCGUGGGCUGUCACCAGGCACUUUCUGGAAGAUGUUGGGUGCUGGGACAUCAAUGCCAACGCGUCCAUCUGGUGGGUCAUCCGAGGGCCUGUGAUCCUCUCCAUCCUGAUUAAUUUCAUCCUUUUUAUAAACAUUCUAAGAAUCCUGAUGAGAAAACUUAGAACUCAAGAAACAAGAGGAAAUGAAGUGAACCAUUAUAAGCGUCUGGCCAAGUCCACCCUCCUGCUGAUCCCCCUCUUCGGGAUCCACUACAUCAUCUUCGCCUUCUCCCCUGAGGAUGCCAUGGAGAUCCAGCUGUUUUUUGAAUUGGCCCUUGGCUCAUUCCAGGGCCUGGUGGUGGCCGUCCUCUACUGCUUCCUCAACGGGGAGGUGCAGCUGGAAGUUCAGAAGAAGUGGCGUCAGUGGCACCUGCGUGAGCUCCCGUUGCGGCCCGCGGCCCCCAGCUCCUCCUCCAGCAACGGCAUCAAGGCCAGCCCCUCGGAGCAGAGUCGGGCCACCCGCGGGACCAGUGUCAUCUGAGGCUGGCCAGCCCAGGUCAUAGGAGAGCCUGCCUUCCUGCCAGAUGCUGUGUGGUCUCUCAGUGACUAUUGCACCCCUCCUCCUGGCCUUGGGGUGGGGUUGUGGUGAUGCUUCCUCAGAACUGAUGGGGCCUGGGACAGCAAGAGGGCCUGGGAUUCAGAUCUGUUGCGUUUCCUGGAAAGAGUAGUUCAGGGGUCCCAGGAGCGGGCAGGGGAAUAAAUGGUAACUGGGAUGAGACUUGGUAUUUGUCGGUCCUCUUGUCCUUGAGGCACAAGGUGGAGGAUGCUGACCCCUGCUACCUUCUGGAGAAGGGGGCUUCCCUGACCUCCCUGCUCCAGUUUUCAGGGAUAAGCUUAGAAGCCCAGUGAACCGGAAGAUAGUGAAGAAUAAUGAAGCCUGGCGUGCUGCAGUCCAUGGAGUCACAAAGAAUCAGACACGACUUAGCAAUUGAACAAUAGCCAGUGAACCAGAGAAGUUGCCCUUGGCCUUGGGUGGACCCCCCCCAGCCCUCAUUGCAACUCACCCAUCCAGCUCUUCCCCUGGAGCCUUCAAGACAACUCAAUCAAGUUACAGGGAACCUUUUAAUGACCCUAACAUGGGAUGGGGCACCCUGUUAUUCCUGCUAAGUUAUCUGUGGUGGUGGUGGUUUAGACACUAAGUCGUGUCCUACUCUUGUGACCCCGUGGACGGUAGCUUGCCAGGCUCUUGUCCAUGGGAUUCUCCAGGCAAGAAUACUGAAAUGGGUUGUCAUUUCCUUCUCGAGGAUCUUCCUGAUCCAGGGAUCGAACCAGAGUCUCCUGCAUUGCAGGCAGAUUCUUUACCAACUGAGCUAUGGGGGAAGCCCUCAGUUAUGUGUAGUACUAUAGAAAGUGGGGCAGAAUCCAUUUGACAGAAGAGAUACCGGUUCACCAAGGUCCUGUCACUUGACCAAGAUACCCAGCUGGAAGUGGCAGCUCAGUGCAGGACUUUUGAUUUUAAACCCCCAGGCUUGCUCCAAGGCUGUCUGUCUCCACUGCUCCCAGGCCGGGAUGAAUGGGGGCCUGUCUCCCUGUCCCACUGGGGAUUUUCAUCUUAUCUUUAACUGUCUGCGGGAUCUCAGUUCCCGCACAUAUCAGCAUUCUUUCCCUGCUGACCAUGUGAAGAUUAAAGGACUAAAUAUUUGAAACUUUUUACCAAACACUGCCUACGUGCUCAAGGAAAGCAUUCUGGACAGGAGCAGAGGCAACCCCGCCCCCCAGAGUGGAGGGAAGGGCAUCUUGCUGGUGGGUGGGCCCAGCUCUAGUCCUGGCUUUGGGUGACCUGGACAAGUGGCCCUGGCCCCCAACUUCUGCAUCUCACCCCUGCAGACAAGGAAGUCACCCUCUCUCACCUCAUAGACUGCCCCUGGGGUGAAAAGGCCAGCUUGUCCAUUUCCCAAGGCUAAGACUACAGCCUGUAUGGUUGAUAUAACUUGCUCCAGAGACCCCCAUGAACUCUGUGCAUCUUCGAAUCAAGAAAAGUUAAAAAAAAAAAAAUCACCCGGUAUAGGCACCCAGAAAGAGGAUCUGGCAGGGCAGAAACCUAAACCUCAUGAGGCCAGAAUGAACCAGGGAAAUCCUGAGUUCAUCAGGUCAGGGAGGGACAUGGCGCUAGUAUAGAAUAAAAUAGGCUGAGGGCGGAAAAAAACCCCACCUACUGGGCAGAAAAGGGACUGGAAAGGGGGCAGUUUAAUGCACAAAAAUAUAAAGUGGCUGGCAAGGGUGGAAAUCUCCAUUGGUUCCUGUCUCCUUCACCUGCAGGCCUCUGUAUCUAGGCUGGUUGUUAAUCAUUAUCCAAGGUUUGGCCAGUUCCCUGUACCCCGUGGAGUCCAGAUACGUGCUCUCUGGAGUGUGUUCUAGGAUCAAAAAUGGUACCCUGAGGCUAUCUGGCCCUGACCAAAGAUGGAUGCACACGCUAUGUCAGAGAUCCAUUCAUCCCAUGCUCAGUUGUGUCCAACUCUUUGCAACACCAUGGACUGUAGCCCGCCAGGCUCCUCUGUCCGUGAGGAUUUUCCAGGCAAGAAUACUGGAGCGGUUUACCAUUUCUUCCUCCAGGGGAUUUUCCCGACCCAGAAAUCUCCUGAGGCAGAAGUCUCCUGCCUUGGUAGGUGGAUUUUUUACUGCUUGAGCCAUCCGGGAAGUCCCUACAUCAAGAGGACAAUAUUGUAAGUUAGGCAGCUCUCCUGGAAGGGCUUCAGGCAGUACUCACAAGGAGAGUCCUCAGAGGGACAGCCAGCUGCUGGAAGCAGGGGUUAUCCUGGGGAGGUACCCCAAAGGGCAGGGUUCAAAUAAAGUCAAAUGGUCUGAAAGUCAUAUGCAAGCAAUCCUGAACUCUGCUUCCCUGGCGUGACCAAAGGGAAAAUGCAAAGGCCCUUUGAGCUGGUGGAAGUCUUAGGCACUAACUGGACAUCCUUUGCUGGAAGGAUGAUUCACUCUUAGUCUCCCAGGAGGCCCAGGGACCCUACAGC